CUCCGUGCAGGUUUGGGGUGCGCAGCCCUGGGUGGCACCUGCCCCACUCCCCCCGGCUUGGACAACGCUCCUCCCAGGGGCAGUUUGCCGGCUGCGGAGCCGCAGAUCGUGUGACUGCGCAGUAAAGGGGCUGGUCUUUGGACAGCGGGGAGCCGGCCAGGCCUGGCAAGGUUCACAGUGAGCCGACAGCUGGCUUGCGAGCUCCCCUCUGCCAGGCUGGAGCAUUGCGGGGCUGGUCGCCCGGAGCAGCACGGGGCUCGUCAGGGGAGAGCGCAGGGCCGGGGCGCCCUCUGGCAGCGCUGGGGAAAGAUGGACCCACUUGCUGCAGCUACGCUAGGGUCGGGAUCUGCAGCGUCCUGCUUGGGUUCCAGCUGUUGUAGUGGGGAUUCGUCUGGGGUGGCAGGGGGCCCCCUCUCGGGAGCUAGGCUGAACGCUGUGUAUCUGUUGCUGCUUCGUUACCGCAUCGGGUUCAAGUGUCUCCGGAGUUCUUGCGCCCGUGUGUGUGUAAAAUCCCCAGGACUCCCCGCAGGCUCAGAUCCAGGCGUCCCGGGAGGAGACUACGGGGAGCCGGGAGUGCGAGGAACAGCUCCCUGCCAGGGAUGGAUCCAUCCGGGGCCACCCCUGGGGGACGGACUGGGAGCCCCAGCGCUUGUCUACGCCGUAGCUACGUUGCUUGGAGUGUGAGCGAUUCCCCCCCCGAGCGCCGUGGCUCCGCCGACCCAGCCCCCUGUAGACGUGGCUCAGCCAAUGGAGCGAUGCCUCUGUCACCCUAGCUACCGCUGCUCGGAGAUGGGGAGUUCCCACGGGAUGGGAAGAGCAUCCCAGCCCCGUCGCUGUGCCGCUCCGGUGCCCGCUGCGUGGAGGAGCCCCUGGAGCGAGGGCAGCUGUAGGGAAGGCCCCUUGGUGGGUGAUGUGCCCUGGCAGAGGGUGAGGGGGGAUCUGGGCACCGGAGCAUGGGCUGGACUGGCCGGGCACGGUAAAGGCCUGUGCCCUGGCCGGACUAGGUCCGUGCUGUGUGGGCAAGGCCUGCUGCCACUGCAGCUUGAGCCCUGAGCAGGGCCGCCCCCAGGCUGCAUGUGCUGCCCCCCCAGUACCCCCGGGUGCUGAGCAAGCUCCGGCCACAUCUGCCCCAGGUGCGCACGGCUCUGGGACCCUGCUCCAGAAGCAGCAGUCUGGGAUGUGCCCUUGCAGGGGCUCACCCGUCGCCCGGUGGGCUACCCCGUGUGGCUCUCGGCCUGGCACCCUCAGUUACAAAACUCCCGGCGCCAGACCCUGCCCCUCCUGCUCACAUCUCGCAGGGUUUGCCCCAGAGCCCUGCAGACAGAUACCCAGUUCUAGCCCUGCAACGACUAUCCCAGCUGCCGGCCUUAGCCAGGUACCUGCUGUACCACUUUGGGGCUUCCUGCCUGAGUAGCCUCCUGUGUCAGUGAGUUCCACAGGUGGCUGAGCUCACAUGCUCUAGCACCGUCAGCUCCGUUGGCAGGGCUGUGCAGCGGCUUUCAGGCAAGUGUCUCCCAUGAAGCUGCCGGGGCGUCGGGAGCCGCGCGGCAUUUCCCGGGGUCUUGCGAGAAUUGCUAGGGGCUCUUCAACAAUGGUUCAUGCUGCCAGCGGCCGCACUAUGUCGCUAUGCCCUGACUCCGAGGAGAGCACGCUGGGGCUGGAGCACUGGAGUCCAUGCUGACCCAGAGGGGCCAUGCCCAGCACUGCCCUGUGCAAAGCCAUAGACACCACUGCUGCGUGGGGCAGGGGACAGCGCGCCAGCAGCCCCUCCCCGCAGAGCUGGUGUGCACCAGGGGGCAAGUGUGGAGGGCUCCCAGCAUCACUUCCUGCUGGGGGGUCUCUCCCUGUGCCAGGGUACCAGCCCGGGCUCGCUGCCCGCUGGUACCUGUGCACGCUGCCGAAGGGUGCUGGGUCUCUGCAGAGCCGCUCUCGUUCCACGGGAGCCAGGGAUUGGCUGCGCUUCAGCUGUCCCUGGCGCUGUGGGGAGCGAUGUCGCUGGUUGGGGAUCCGGACCAGCUAGGAGGGGUGGGGAGCAGGGCAGCCCUGGGCGACGGGGGUGGAGGGCCCCGGAUACUGUUGGCCUGGCCCCAAGUGCAAGAAGUGGCCCAACCUGUCUUGGUUUUCCUGCGGGAGGCCCUGGGAGCUGCUGCGGGGGCGGGGGCUGCCCGGGCCAGGAAUAGAGCGUCACAAGGCGAUUAGAGACAGCGAUAAAUAGAACAGGCUUAACUCCUGCGUCCCUGCCUGCCGCGGCCUGCCUACCUCCCUGCGCGGGGCACCGUGCGCUGUUACCACGUCUCUAACCGACCUCCCGCCCUGUCUGCUCCCGCACUGGCCUGGCCCAGCUGCCUGGUGUCGGCUUCUGGCCAUCCCCCUGUGAUGGGAGCAGAGAGGGAGUGGCGGCCGGCUGGGCCCAUAGGGCUCCACACAAAACCAGCACUGAGUGGUGCGGGGAGCCAUCCUGGCCAGCCUUGGGGGUGGCAGCGCCCAGGACAUCACUGUCGCUCUGCCCUGCAGGAGUCCAGCACACGGCAGAAAUGCACCUGCUUCUGGGGCGCGAGGGAGCUGCGAGCGGCAUGAACCCUGGCUCUAAUGCCCAGGCCGGGCAGGCAAGACCUUGGCCUUUGAAGGCCUUUGCUGACAGUCCCUGGCCCCACCACCCCAAUCCGUGGGGCAGCUGCUGUGCCCGGGAAGGAGGAGCUGGGUUGGCCCUGCCAGGGCUGGAGCUGAACUCAUUGGUCCCGUGGGCACUGCUCCACACCGGAGGGAGCUGUGGUGUCUUCGAGCGCUCCCCUGGGUGCAGAGAGAUGUGGGUGCCGUUGGCCCCAUGCACGGUGCUGGCGGUCGCUAUGCUGGGCCUUGAAAGUGAAUUGGAUCCGAGCUCUGCCCUCACUGCAGCCAGGUCUUACAGCCUGGGGCGUCUGGAGCCGGCGAGGCUGCGCCCAGAGGGGUGAGGGCAGCCCAGGCUGUGACGGCCAGGGGCCCUGGCACCCCGCACUCAAGGGAUGGAUCUUGGGGCCCUUUCUCUGCAGCGGAGCAGAGCCCUGCGGCGAGGGGGCCCCGACUGUGGCAGGCGGGCGAGGGGCCGUGUCCUCGCAGUGUCUCUAGUGUGUCUCUGGUGCUCGGGUCCUGUCUCCCCAGCCCCGCCCGGAGGGUCCCAGAGCCGCCUGGACUGCACUCUUGGCCUGACGCUGGGCUUGUGGCUCCGCUCCCUUUGGGGGUGGGGUGUCCUGUGCCCCUGGGCCGUGCUGGCACAUGGCAGCGCUGCAGCGAGCGGGGCCCAGGUCGGGGCUCAGGGCAGCACUUGAAUUCAGGCUGGAGCGGUGGGGGCAGGGCCCCCCAGCAGCUUCCCAGGGCCCUUCUCUGUGCGAGCUGGAGCCGACUGCCGGUGCGUGGGGCUGGGGACAGGCUCAGCUGCCCUCUUCAGGAUCGUGUGCACCCUGGGGCCCUCGGGGAGGGGUGGGGGCGGUGCUGGAGCCAGGCCUCCCUGUGGGCCAGGGGGUUAGGGGGCCAUUGGCACAAGCAUCGGGGCUGGGCCCAGGUCUCUUUUCACUGCCCACACAGGCUGCUCUGAGGGCAUCGUGCCAGUGUUCCCUGGCUGAGCAGGGCCUGGUGUGCUCCUAGCUGCCCUCGGUGCCGGUGUCUGGAGGGCAGGGGGCUGGUACAGGCUGGGCCUGCAUGCGGGCCUGUGGGCGGGCUGUGUUCAUGCACCGGAGCACAGGGGAGUGGAUGAGUCCUGGCUGCAGCUGCUCUCCCAGCCUUCGCCCUUCAGAGCCCCCCGCAGCCCUGACGCAGCCGUGAUCUCUGCCCUUGUCCUGUGCCAUGCGGCGCUGCCUUGCUCCAUCUUGGGAGCCUGGCCUCUGUCAUGGGCUGCAGAGCAUGGGGGGCUGGAACUCCUGCCCUCGGCACCCCACUCCCUGGGCCGCAGCCCCCCAACAGGUGCCCCCUGCACUCCCUGCCCUGGUGCUAUCCCCAUUCUUGCAGGGUGGGUUUGAACAUCCAGCACGCAGAGCAGCAUGUCCAGGGCACUGCUCUGCUGCACACAGGUCACUGCCACGCACUGGCUUACCCAGCCGUGCCCAUGGUCCCUGGGGAACCCAGCUGUCUAGCGUGCCCUGUGCAGACACCCAGGAGCAGCCUUUCCCCACGUGCCCUGCGGCCCCCGAACGCAGAGCAAGAGGAACUCCGUGGGGCAGUGCCCACCUUCUUAGCCAGGAAAGCUCGGGGUGGGUUCCGCUGGGGGAGACAGUGCUGGCACCGGCAGCAUGGGGCUGCCUCCGGGCACUCUCUGCAGGGCUCCCAGCAGGUGCGGCUGGCCAGGCAGCAGGGAGAGUGCUGUGUGCGCCCUGGUCCCCGCGCCCAGGGCUCAAAGUCACAAGACCAACCGACCAGCUGGCUGCCGGCAUACAGGCCGCACCCGCACGGCUUGUUCCCUGGCUUUCGGACCCCCGCUGUACACAUGGUUCCAGGGCCCCGCUGGUCUCUGUGCGUCUCCAUUGUGCUGGCCUGGCGUCAGUCCUCUGGUGACGGUGCCCUGGCCAGCAGCAGGUCCCUCUCUGAACCCGUGGGUGAGUUAUGCCUCCCACCUUGUACCAGGGGGGCACCAUGCCUGUUCUACAGAUGGGGAAACUGAGGCAUGGGCAGCAACUUGCCCAAGGUCACCCAUGGCGGGCAGGAAGAGAACCCAGGAGUCCUGGCAGCCCUGUACAUUAGUGCCAGUGCAUCCUUUCUUGUCUGCUCCUCCCCGGCCCCCAGGAGUGACUCAGCCCUGUAAUCCCCACGCUCUGACUCCAGCUAAUUCCCUGAGCUAUAAAUACUGCCCUUGCCAAGGGGCCUCUACGUCCCUGCGGCUGCCUGGCAGGGGUGGGAUUAGAGCAGCCGACUGGCAGGGGUGUGGGGCGCCUGCCUCCGGUCAGGGCUCCCAGCCAGGCCUCUCCGGAGGGUGGGAGCUGCACCCGUUCCUGUUAGCAGGGGAGCCAGAGACCUGCAAGCCCCCUCUGAGGGCGAGGGAGAGCCAGGGGUGCCCAGCUCUGUUCCCCUUCAGGAGGGGCUGGUGUGCCUCAGCUGUGUGGGCACUGCCUGGCGCCUGUGGGGUGUCAGUCCUGCAUGGGGCAGGGGAGCGAGCGUGGACUCGGACUGUGCUGGGGGCAGGGGUCUGCAGGCGGGUGCUAGCCCAGAGGUGAUGGGAGCAGGGACACCGGG